ACAGGUUUCCUUCAUAGGGGGGGACGGGAGGAGGCCGACAAGUUUGUGUGAAGUUGGUAAAAGUUGUCAACUAGAAAAAGAAGAGAAACUCCUCCCGUCUUGAACAUUAUGAGCAUCUUCUUCCGCAGAUCAGCAGCAGGGUGAAAUGGCCGCGGUGGAGAGCGGCGGAGGCUUCGGUCAAAAGCGAAACACACAAGACUCUCAGCAGCCAUCUCCACUGGCCAUGCUGGCGGCCACUUGCAGCCGCAUUGACACGCCAGGCGAGAACGACUCCCCCGGAGAGCAGCAACAGCAACUGGACAUGAGUCAAGGUGUCUUUACCUCCAAUGCCAAUGGCUGGCAGGUUGUCCCCAUCAGUUUGUCGGUAUCAUCGUGUGGCAACACGGUCACCACCGACUCUGUGAGCGUACAGACCGGCGGUGAGCCUGGGAAGAGCAGGUUAUUGUCACCAUCAUCAUCAGUGGCUGUGAGCGCUCAGCAGCAGCAGUUUGUGGUCGCUCAGGCGCCAACGCUGCAGAGCCAACCGGUGCUCACUGCCAUCCCCAGCAUGAUGCCCAACAUCCAGUACCAGGUCAUUCCUCAGUUCCAGACGGUCGACGGGCAGCCUCUGCAGUUUGCACAUAACCAGCAAGAUUCCACUGUGACCGCCGCCACAGCUCCAGGACAGCAGUUCCAGAUUGUGUCUUCUGCCAACGGCCAGCAGAUCAUAGCCGCUGCCAACAGAGGGGCUGGGGCAGGGAACAUCAUCGCCAUGCCUGGUCUCAUUCAGGGCCACAUUCCGCUGCAGAAUAUCACCCUGGGCAAUGGCGUGUUGCAAAACCAGACGCAGUUCCUCGCAAAUAUGCCCAUGUCGCUCAAUGGGAACAUUACCUUGUUGCCCAUCAGCACCGGAGCGAGCGCUCCAGCAGCGGACGGCGAUGCAAGCCAGCUCGUACAGCAGCAGCCCACGUCCUCCAGCGGCAGCGCGGGUUACAUGACCAGUGUGUCCACCGUCACCACGCCGACCUCCUCCUCAUACGGAUUGACGCAGAGCAGUAACGGAGCCGUUGUGGCGACAUACCAACAGAGCACGUCUUCUCUGGGUGUCCCCAUACAGCCGGACAACAGGGAGCAGCAGCAGCAGCAACAACAACAGCAACAGCAGCCAAUCCUCAUCCAGCCCCAACAGGUCCUUCAAGGGGCAACGCCGCUCCAAACCAUCCAAGCCGGUACCAUUUCAACGGCGGGCGGUCAGGUGUUUGCCACCCCAACUCUGAGCCAGGAGGGCCUCCAGAACCUCCAAAUUAUGCCAAACACGAGCCCAAUCCUGUUACGCACGGUCGGGCCCAAUGGCCAGAUCAGCUGGCAGACCCUGCAGAUAAAGAAUCCAGCAGGGGCGCAGAUCACUUUGGCCCCAGUAGGCCAAACUCAGGGAGCCCCUGUCGCCGGGGGAGUAUCGGUCAACACUGUGCAGAUCCCCGGUCUCCAGACCAUCAAUCUCAACACGCUCGGAGGCUCGGGUCUUCAAAUGCACCAGCUCCAGAGCGUUCCCAUCACCCUCACGAGCACAGCAGGAGACCAAACGUUGCAGACAGGCCCAGAAAGUUUGGAUGACAGCACAGCCCUCGACGACGAGGACAUAAGCCCGCCGUCCCAGGGACGUCGCAACCGCAGAGAGGCCUGCACCUGUCCUUUUUGCAAGGAUGGUGAAGGACGUGACCCAACCAAAAAGAAGCAGCAUAUUUGCCACAUGUCAGGAUGUGGCAAGAUCUAUGGCAAGACGUCACACCUUCGAGCCCACCUGCGCUGGCACACUGGAGAGCGGCCUUUCGUCUGCGGCUGGGCUUUCUGCGGCAAGCGCUUCACACGCUCCGACGAGCUCCAGCGCCACAAGAGGACGCACACAGGUGAGAAAAGGUUUGCCUGUCCAGACUGUCCUAAACGCUUCAUGCGGAGCGACCACCUCUCCAAACACAUCAAAACCCACUUCAACAAGAAGGGGGCGCUCCCCAGCAACAGUGGGGCCGCUACAUCCGACACCCCUCCCGCUGCCCAAUCCCCGGAGGGCGAGGCCUUGUCGGCCGGCGAACAGCACUCCAUCGUCACCAUGGAGACGCUAUCCCCAGAGAGCAUAGCUCGGCUCGCCAGCAGCGGGAUCAACAUGGUGCAGGUGGACCUGAAUCAUAUCAACGGCAACUAUUAAGAAGAGUGCGUCGCAUUCAGGGACCGCAGACAUUGAUCAAACAGGAUUAUGCAUUUCGAGUUGAAAGUUUGAUUACCUAUUUGUUUACAGAAAUCAGCACGCCCCCACGACUACAAUCGUCUUUGUGAUGGGACUGCAAUAAAAUGACAUCAUCCCUCUGAAAUAACGCCCUCAACAAUGCUAAUACUACACAGGCCAUUACCAUGUUCAGCACAAAAGCACAACUUUUUUUUUUUUUUUUUUAACAUCACAUAGAUCCAUAAGCCAAUAUAUACUGUCAUUAUGUGUAUAACCAUAAACCACUUUUCCUAUGACUGGAUAGCCCUUCUCUCACAGUAAAACAGUUGAGUAAGUCAAUCAUGUUCAUGUUAAUUAUUACAUUGAAUUAGAGGGGCAGUCCAAAAAUGUUCUUUACAAUAUUCUGUGCACUACCACUCAUCCAAACACGACAUUCUGAUUCAUGUUGCCUGUGUGGAAUAUGAAUUAAGCACAAAAUAAAAUCUCACCAGUUUUUAUCCUUCUCUGUGGGCGGCCAUUUUGCCACUUGUCGACUGAAAAUUACAUCACGGUUGCUCAUGUCACAACUUACUUUCUGGGUUUGAUCGUGUGACGGUCACAAACAGAGUUCUUAGGCACUCCGUCACUUUCAGUCAACAGUAAGUAUCAAAAUGGAUGCUGCCUGAGAUGAGUAAAAAUGGGUGGAUUUUGCUGCUUGAUUUAUAUUCCACAAAUCAGGGAUGGCAAUUUUCCGCAGAUGAGCGGAAAUCCGCAGUUUUAUUUCUUAAAUUGAUCAUUUUUGUGAAGCGUCUAAAUCCGUUGAGAACAUUUUAGGGGGGGUCAGGUACCUUAUCGUCAAGUUUUCACGAGCUCUCCCGAUCAGCGUUUCCAUCUUCCGAUUGUAAACAGCCCUGCGAUUGAAUGUGUACGAUGUCUUACUUGUUGUGAUUGGUCGCCCUUUCCAGGCCAUGCCCCUUUCCGCUUUUUUCAUCACUAGCCAUUGCCAUCCCUGACAAAUUCAAUAGUAAUCAGAAUUCUGUGUUUAGACUAGUUGGGGCAGCCAGGUGGGUGACUGAUUAGCAUUUCAGCCUCACAGUGCUGAGGUGCAGGGUUCGGUUCCAGCUCCGGCCUUCCUGUGUGAAGUUUGCGUGUUCUCCGGUUUCCUCCCACAUUCCAAAAACGUGCCUGGCAGGUUAAUGGAACACUCUAAAUUGUCCCUACAGUAUGUGUGAGUGUGAGCACGGAUGGUUGUUCGUCUGUGUGCCCUGCGAUUGGCUGGCAACCAAUUUAAAGGUAUAUCCCACCUACUGCACGAAGACAGCUGGGAUAGACUCCAGCACCCACUGGUGACCCUUGUGAGGAUGAGCGGAUCAGAAGGUUGAUGGAUUGAUAGACUAAUAAAUUGGGGUGCAUAGAACAUAUUUCAAAGACACUUUUUGGCUGGUCUUCCCCUUUUAGUACAUCAAUCUAUAUUUGAUGCCAAAUGGAGAAGGCUUCUUUUCCUUUGGGAGAACUGGAUUUUCCUCACCAUCCAGACUCAAGUAAAUACGUCUAUGGAAACAAAUGGUAGCCAUUCAUGAGAAAGAGAGUACUUAAAAUCCUGAGAUUAACUAUUUAAUAUGUUUCGGUACACAGCAAAGCUCAUGUGUUAUGAUUCUUUACGUUUAAAUGCAAACAAAACAACCCAUCACGUGUAUGUGUGUGUGUAUAUAAAUAUAUAUUUGUUAAGACAGAAAAUUCCAGCUAUUUUAGCCUAGGCUGGAAUGAUGCUGAUUGUGAGAGGUUGCCUUUUUCAUUGUUUGCCUCUUGUGCGCAAUCUUAAUCAUAUGUUAUGAGUUUUGUUGCUGUAUGUAGCUCAAGUAAGCAAUUCAUUUGUAUACCAGUAGUAAUGUUCCAAGGACUUUAACCACCCCCACCCCAACCACUCUGUGGUACCAGCUGCCACUUUGCUUUGUGGAGUUACUUUUAUUUGUGAAAAUGUUUUUCAAAGCCGUACGCCGAAAACAGUCAAAACCAAAGUUCAUACACAAGCGGAAAAAAGGUGUGCUCAUGUCUUGUAGAGUUGUUACUGGACAAAGUAAUCGGCACGCGACACCGGGUUCUUGCUUACGUUGUUCCGUGUAUUAAAAAGAUCAAUUUGGAAGAAUGCUUGUCA